AUGCAGGUCUCACUCUCGAACACCGGCCUCCUGCUGGUGAGCAUGCUGGUGGGGAUCAGCUCAGCAGCGCCCGCACCGCCAGAGGUGACCCUCCCCAGCGGGCUCCCACCGACCUGCAUCCGCUUCGAUAACGGCGUGCUGCAGACCCCGUCGUGCUACACCGCCACCGUCACGACGGUUCCCCUGGACUGCCCGCGGAUUGAAUGUCCUACGCAGAACAUCUACUGCCCGCUGUACAUCAAGGAGACGACCGUCGCCGUGCCGUGCAGCACCGACUGCUGCCCGACGACGCCGACGCACACCGUGACGACCAAGUGUCCCGGCUGCAAGACGGGCUGCGUCAUCCCCACCGAGACGAUCACGGUCACCACCGGGUGCGGCAAGACGCAUCCGGGCGGCUGGGGCCCGCCGCCGCCGACGCCCACGGCGACGCUCAUUGAUGGGUGA